AUGGCGGAUCAGGAAGAGGAGCCUGGUUGCUGGCAGAAGAAGGCGGCGUACGAGCAGUGCUUCGACAAGUGGUACACGGAGGUGUUCCUGCAGCAGAAGGCAAACGGUAAAGUGGGCUGCCAGAAGGAGUACGAGGCCUACACGCGCUGCUACUUGAGCGAGUUAGACAAGAACAAGACGUUGGUAGACGGCAUUAAGUCGGUUAUGAAACCGGAAACCAAGGAGCGCUUCGAGGCGCAGGAAGCCAAGCGACAGCAGGGAAAGUCUAAGGAAUAA